AGUCCCCUUAGGAGGCUCUGCAAGAGAUAGUCACAGAUCUCCAAGCCUGGGACUGUGUUGGCCGCAAUGAAGCAUUGUUUCAUCAUCAUCUUCCUCCUGUCGUGUGGCAUCACUCUCCAUGCAGAGAAUGCUCGGACUUCCUCCUAUUCUGGCCCGUAUGGGGAGUCAUAUGGAAAUCGCUUUUCUCAUUCUGGGUACCAACUCGAGGGGCCCAUAACGGCCUUAAGGGUCCGGAUUAACCGUAAUUUCAUUGUGGGCCUUCAGGUCCGUUAUGGAAAGCAGUGGAGCAACUAUGUUGGUGGCACUUCAGGAGAUCUGGAGGAAAUCUUCCUGUUCCCAAGGGAGUCCAUCAUCCAAGUAUCUGGGAAAUAUAGCAGCUAUAUCCGCAAAUUAGUCUUCGUCACUGAUGAGGGGCGCUACUUUUCUUUCGGCAAGGAUUAUGGCUCCAGUUUCAAUGGGGCCCCGCUGUUCCCAAACACUGUCCUGCGAUUCUUCAGUGGCCAUUACAGUUCCGUCAUUUCCUCCAUUGGAUUCCACUGGGAUAAAUAUCCUGGCGGUUGUAGCACUUGUAAAGAUGGAGUCCAGGAACAAGAGAACAAAGAAAGAGUAGAGUAGAAGGCAGCAGAAAGCCUUCCCUGCUAUCAGUGAGGUCCGUGUAAUAAGUUCCUUCAGCAUCCAACUAGUCUCACAUGCCCUGUUGCCAAUUAUCUGUCUCUCUACAGAUGCCUACUAAAAGAGUAAACCAAACUAAACCUAAGCAACUUUUUCUUCCAACAAGUUUCCCACCCUUCCUUUAUCAUGAAAAGGAAGCGAAAGAAAAGCUACCACCACCUGAUCUGGCCUGCACAUUGCUUGGGAGCUGUUCUUCCCACAAAGGACCAACUGUCAACACUGUGGCUAAUAAAAG